AUGACCAACCCCGACGCCGUCAGAGACAAAUUCUACGAGGACCUGUACGCCCUCUUGGCGACUGUGCCGAUGGCGGACAAGUUGGUUGUCCUUGGCGACUUCAAUGCCCGCGUCGGCACAGACCAUAUUGCCUGGAGAGGAGUGCUGGGUCCCCACGGUCUUCGCGGCUCAAACGACAAUGGUCUGCUGCUGCUCCGCACCUGCGCAGGACAGCGCCUUAUCCUGACAAACACGUUCUUCUGUCUGCCGGAGCGAGAGAAGGCCACUUGGAGGCAUCCUCGGUCGCGUCAGUGGCACCUGCUGGACUAUGUUCUCGUCCGGAGGCGAGAUCAGCGGGACGUGCUGGUGACGAAGGCGAUCGCGGGUGCUGACGGGUGGACCGACCAUCGCCUCGUCAUCUCGAAGAUGCGUCUUCGCCUACAGCCUCGCAGGAAACCACAAGGUAAGCGAUCCCCAGGUAAGCUGAAUGUUGCCUUGUUGUCCUUGCCCGCUCACCAUCUCCAUUUCAGCAAUGAGCUAGCUCAACGGCUAGACAACCUCCCUAUCACCGAUGUCGCCGCUGCCGACAACGCCUCCGUGGAGAACCGCUGGUGUCAACUGCGAGACACGGUCCAGGCGACGGCGCUCACCGUCCUCGGUCGCGCUCCCCGCCAACACCAGGACUGGUUCGACGACAACGACGCCGCCAUCAGAAAUCUGCUUGCUGAGAAGAACCGCCUACACAAAGCCUACGUCGAUCACCCCACUGAGGACAACAAAGCUGCUUUCUACCGCAGUCGCCGCCACCUCCAGCAGCGACUGCGCGAGAUGCAGGACGCCUGGACUGCUCGCAAAGCUGAGGAGAUCCAAGGCUACGCGGACCGCAACGAAUGGAAGAACAUCUUCUCCGCGAUCAAUGCUGUCUACGGUCCGCCGACAAAGGGCACUGCUCCUCUCCUCAGCGCCGACGGCAGUACUCUCCUGACUGAGAAGACGCAAAUCCUUCAGCUAUGGGCCGAGCAUUUCCGAGGCGUCCUAAACCGCCCUUCCGCCAUCUCCGACGCCGCCAUCGCGCAUUUGCCGCAAGUAGAGACCAACGCAGACCUAGACCUCCCGCCAUCUCUCCAGGAGACCAUCAGGGCCGUGCAGCAGCUCUCCAGCGGGAAAGCACCCGGAUCGGACGCGAUCCCUGCUGAGGUCUACAAGCACGGCGAUCCCCAACUGAUGGAUCACCUGACUGCGCUCUUCCAGGAGAUGUGGCGUCAAGGUGAAGUCCCGCAAGAUUUCAAGGACGCAACUAUCGUGCACCUAUACAAGCUAAAUGGGAAUCGCCAAGUCUGCGACAAUAACCGUGGCAUCUCCUUGCUGAACAUCGCCGGGAAGAUCUUCGUUCGCAUCCUGCUCAACCGCCUCAAUAACCACCUGGAACAGGGCCUUCAGCCGGAAAGUCAGUGCGGCUUCCGUCGUCAUCGUGUGACCACGGAUAUGAUCUUCGCCGCCCGUCAACUUCAGGAGAAGUGCCAGGAGAUGCGGACCCACCUGUACUCUACCUUCGUGGACCUGACGAAAGCCUUCGACACGGUGAAUCGUGAAGGACUGUGGAAGAUCAUGCAGAAAUUCGGCUGUCCAGAGCGAUUCACUCAGAUGGUGCGUCAGCUGCACGACGGUAUGAUGGCGCGAGUCACGGACAACGGAGCUGUCUCAGAGGCAUUCGCAGUGACUAACGGAGUAAAACAGGGAUGCGUGCUCGCACCAACCCUCUUCAGUCUUAUGUUCUCUGCCAUGCUGAUGGACGCCUACCGUGACGAACGUCCCGGGAUUCGCAUCGCCUACAGGACGGAAGGUCACCUGCUGAAUCAACGGCGGAUGCACUUCCAAUCACGCGUAUCCACAACAACCGUUCACGAACUCCUCUUCGCCGACGACUGCGCCCUGAACACCACCUCAGAAGAGGAGAUGCAACGGAGCAUGGACCUAUUCUCCGCCGCCUGCGAGAACUUCGGUCUGGUCAUUAACACGCAGAAGACGGUGGUGAUGCACCAACCCCCACCCAACUCAGCCACAGCCCCCAACGCGCCGCCGCAAAUCAGCGUGAAUGGGACCCUACUGCAAGUGGUGGAGAACUUCCCGUACCUGGGCAGUACUCUCUCCCGCACCACCAAGAUUGAUGACGAAGUCGCCAACAGGAUCUCGAAAGCCAGUCAAGCCUUCGGUCGCCUCCAAAGCACAGUUUGGAAUCGCCACGGUCUACAACUGAGCACGUAG